AUGGGGUGUGGGGGAUCCAAGGCUCUUGCAGCAGUAGACAACCCUCCACCUCCCCCACCUACCAAGCCUGUAGCACCACCAUCAGUACCCACAGCACCAGCAGCACCACCUGCAGCAGUAGCACCUUCCGCAGCAGAGAAGCCCGCGAAACCGUCCCAAGCAACGACCGCAGCCGUCGCAGCAGCGCCUCCUGCGAUAGAGUCCGCCAGCCUAGCGAAAGACACCUCCUCCGCCAAUUCAGUCGCGCCCUCCCAGCAAGACCCGCCUGUCGUUCUGCAAGAGUCGCCGCCUGAACCCGCCGUUCCCGCAGUUUCCGCCAGUGAAGCUGCCGUUGAUGCGUCUGGGGAAAAGGCGGAGGAAGGACAGGCCGCGGAGGCUCAACAGGCGCAAGCUGGUGCGGCGGAUGAGGGCACAGGGGAGGCAGCAGAUGGCGGAGGCGGAAGGUUAGCAGCGGAAGGAGGGGAGGGCGAGGCGGAGCAGAGCGGGCGUGCAGCUGAGGCUGGUGAGGGGCAAGAGCACGGCUUUAGCAGCCGGUGUAAUGAGGACGAUGGUUCUCGUUCUACGCAUCAGAGACUGAGGGAAGGCGAGGAAGGCGCCUCAGCGGAAGCAGCAGCUGCUCCCGUUUCUUCUGCUGAUUGUGCUGCUGCAGCUGAUCCUGCUGCUGCGGAAACGUCUGUUGUUCACAACACGCCUGCAUCUGUAGCGGCGGUUGCGGAUGCGGCUGAGGCUCGAGAUAGCACGGACGGCCUACCAGCAGCAGGAGAAGCAGCAGGAGCAGCAGAAGCACCAGAAGCAACCCCAGCAGAUGGCAGUAUGGGGAGCGAGGCUCGGGACCUCAGCGCAGCAGGAGGAGGCGGAGGGGCGGGCGCAGCUGGUCUGCCCCAGACGAGCAACAGCGCGGGGAGUGGGGGGGGAGGCGGAAGUGCGUUCCUCGCGCACAGCGCCAUCUCGCGCUCGUUGUCCAAUGACAGGCACCGGGCGCACACGCCCCCGCUUCCCCCCCACCACCGCCCGUCCACCAGCUCUCCUCUGCAAGGCCCGAACCAGCACAACCAGCACAACCAGCACAACCAGCACAACCAGCAACAACAGCAGCAGCAGCAGCAGCAGCACGGACACAGCCAGCCCUCAAGCCACUCGCAGGAGCAAACAGGUCCGAACCAACAGCAGCAGCAGCAUCAGCAGCAGCAGCAGCCGGUUUCCAACGAGCGGAUAGGCAGCAGCCUCCUAGGCCGAUCUAGCUCCAACCGUUCCUUAGGCCGACCCUCCACCCAACCCUCCACCCCCAAGCAAUCCCCCUCCCCCAACCAUUCCGCCUCCCCCCAAGGCAUGCUCCGCCCAGCCAAAUCCAACCCCCACAACCCCCUCCCCUCCCCCCGCCAGCCCGGAACCCCCCUCCCCAGACCUCCCUCCCCCCCCAUGUCCCCCCACGGGAUCCUCCGCGUGCCUGGCUCCCCCGCGCCCCUCUUUGGCGGAAUGGCGCUCCCCCUGCCCUCCCCCCAGUCCUUUGGGUCGUCGAAUUCGAGUGGGGGGGGCGCAGGGGCAGGGGGGGGCGGAGGCGGGGGGAGUAACAUAGGGAGCAGCGGGCUGGGGAGUGGUGGCGGAGGCCUGGGGGGGAGUUUCCGGAGGGCGGGUUCAGGCGGAGGUGGGGGUUCCGGUGGGGGGGCGUUCAGCAGGGAGAAUCUUCUGGGGGAGGGCGGAUUCGGGGGCGUGUACAAGGGGCAUGUGGACGCGUGGCCUAUAGACGGCGUGCCUAUAGUGAUGGGGCAGAAAAUCGUGGUGGCGGUCAAGAGACUCAAUAAGGAUGGGCUGCAGGGCCACAAGGAGUGGCUGGCAGAGGUAAACUUUCUGGGAAACAUCCAGCACCCGCGGCUGGUACGGCUGCUGGGGUAUUGUGCGGAGGAGGAGCACCGGCUGCUGGUGUACGAGUUUGUGCCCAACAAGUCCCUCGAAGACCAUCUGUUCAAGACUGGAGGAGGCAACAAAGGCGGGCCGGGGCUGGCGUGGCUGGACCGCAUCAAGGUUGCUCUGGAUGCCGCCAAGGGGCUGGCUUACCUGCACGACGAGACCGAGAACCAGGUGAUAUUCCGAGAUUUCAAGGCGGCCAACAUCCUGCUGGACAGUGACCUGCACGCCAAGCUGUCGGACUUUGGGCUCGCCAGGGCGGGGCCUGAGGGCGACCGCACCCACGUCAGCACGCAGGUCGUAGGAACUGUGGGCUAUGCGGCCCCAGAAUAUGUCUUAACAGGCCAUCUGACAGCACGCAGUGACGUGUGGAGCUACGGGGUGGUGUUGGUGGAGCUGCUGACGGGCAGGAGGGCGCUGGACGAGAGUCGACCCAGAGAAGAGGUGUUCCUUGUGGACUGGGCCAAGCCGUACCUUGCUGAGACCCGCCGGCUCUUCCGAAUCAUGGACCCAGGCUUUGAGGGCAAGUACUCAGCCAAGGCAUCGCAAAAAGUGGCUGCUUUGGCGCUCUGGUGCUUAGCUAAGAACCAGAAGCAGCGCCCCACCAUGACCCAAGUGGUUGAGUCGUUUACUCCACUGCUCGACCUCACAGACAAUGCGGGCCUGUCAGCAUCACCAGCCCCCAUCACGCCCCUCCGCGUGCCUCCCCCCUCACCCAUGGGUUUCUUAAACCCUGGGGCAGGAGGGGGCCCAGGAACGCCAGGAGGGGGAGGACUGGUAGGCGGCGGGGGGUUAGGCACUCCUGGUGCAUUGGGGGCGCUAGCUAUGCGUCGCGCUGCUGGCCCUCCUUCCCCCGCCGGGGUUGGAUCGUUCCCCCCUGCGCAAUUCAACUCCCUGAAUCCGCCUCCUAAUGCCCGGUUCAGCCCGCGGCCACCGCAGCUGCCUGUAGGAAAGCAGCAGUACACCUCCCCGUUGGUGGCUGCAUUGAGAGUGAAGGAGCGGCAACACCAGCAGGUUCAGCAGCAACAGCAGCAACAGCAGCAGAUGCAAGCAGGAAGUAGCGCAGGAGCAGGAGCAGGAGCAGGAGCAGGAGCAGGAGCAGGAGCAGGAGCAGGAGCAGGAGCAGGAGCAGGAGCAGGAGCAGGAGGGGUGCCAGGGGGUGUGGGAGUGGGAGAGGGAAUGGAUGACGGAGGGGGAGUGGGAACGGUGAGGGAGAGGGCAAAUGUAGGGAGAGCAGUGCCUCUAGCCAUUCAGGUGAACCGACCUCGAUUUGGGGCAGGAACCAACCACGAGAGAAUGGAGGGGGUGAAGUGA